CCCGCUCUCCCCGCUCCCCGGCUCCUCGCGCGCAGGACCGGACCGCCCCCCGCGCGCUCCCCGCCGGCGCGUCCCGCGCACUCGCCUGCCCACGGUCUGGUUGGCCAGCUGCUUCAUGCGGUUGAAUUGCUUCUUCAUGGCGGCGGCGGUGGUGGUGGCGGCGGCAGCAGGCUGCGGGGCUCGGGCCGAGAACUGGGGACUGUCUGGCGGGUCCUACCUACAUCGCUUCCCGGCCCCGAAGGCUACAAUUCGGCCCCGCCCUCGCCGCGUCACUUCCAGCGCCGCAGCCCGCCCCUACCACGAGUCGGGCCGAGCCGAGCCGAAAGAGGCCGAAACCAGAGAGAUGGAACAGGUGCGGACAGACCCAACAUGGGUGGAGUUACGCGAUCAGGGCGGGGACCAGUGAAGCCGCGCCGAGGUGGGUGGAGCCGAGCCGAACAGGGCCGAAACCAGAUAGGUGGAGCCGAGCCGGGCCGGCCGAAACCAGAGAAGUCAGGCGGAGCAGGACCGAGCAGAGCUGGGCGAAUUUAGGAGUGGAGCCGAACCAAUCGGUGAACGGAGAGGGAUGGAGUUGAGCCAAUCGGAGACGGACGAGCUUGGCUCCGCUAAAGAAGAGCGGAGACAAACCCAGCCCCGCACCUGAUCUCCGCGGUUCUGAAUUAGAGCCGGGCGGGAUGGGCCGAGCAGAGCCAAACUUAGCUACCUACUCUAGUGGUGACAACGAGAACGCAAGCUAUAUUAUCCAAGUCUACCUACAUGCUGCCUUGUUCACCACUAUGAUAGUCAUGAACUGACCCUCUGAAAAUCCCUGAAUUGACACUAUUUAUAAAAGUUCCUGACCUGCAAGAAGGCAAAAGGAAACUCAGAGCAAUUAAGACUACAUUUCCCCGAAAGCAUUGCGGCGCCACCCGCAUGUCCGGGCUCUCUUUAGAAACUUCCGGGUUGUGUGGGCGGAGCCUAAAGAAUCUUCCAAUGGCCUGACUGGACGAGAAACUUGGUCCAACAAGCGUCACAUCGCGGACGCCAAUCAGCUGAAAGUCCGUGCCUGUUUCUUGCCUCUUUUCCCACUGCUCGUUUCCCUGUUUCCAUGUCCCUGGUGGGUGCCGCACCCCAGAACAUCCCACGCACAUGGCUACCAGCUCGAGGGAGUCCUCAUUCUCUUCCUGCUCGUCAAGCUGUGACUUGGACGACGAGGGAGUGCGCGGCACCUGCGAAGAUGCUUCUCUCUGCAAGAGGUUUGCGGUGAGCAUUGGCUACUGGCAUGAUCCGUACAUCGAGCAUCUUGUGAGGCAGUCUAAAGAGAGGAAGGCCCCCGAAAUUAACAGAGGAUAUUUUGCUCGAGUUCAUGGUGUCAGUCAGCUUAUUAAAGCUUUUCUCCGGAAGACGGAAUGCCAGUGUCAAAUUCUCAACCUUGGGGCUGGGAUGGAUACCACCUUCUGGAAAUUAAAGGAUGAAGGUCUUCUCCCAAAUAAAUAUUUUGAAGUCGACUUUCCAAUGAUAGUCACAAGAAAGCUGCUCACCAUCAAAAGCAAGCCACUUCUAUUCAGACCCAUCAUGGAGUUACACCCAGAGGACACACUUCAAAUGGAUAGUCACAUGCUGGAUUCAAAAAGAUAUGCCAUCAUUGGAGCAGAUCUCCGAGACCUUUCUGAGCUGGAAGAAAAACUAAAGAAAUGUAACAUGAAUACACAAUUGCCAACACUCCUGAUAACUGAAUGCGUGCUGGUUUACAUGACUCCAGAGCAGUCAGCCAACCUCCUAAAAUGGGCAGCCAACAGUUUUGAGACGGCCAUGUUCAUAAACUAUGAGCAGGUCAACAUGGACGACCGGUUUGGGCAGAUCAUGAUUGAAAACCUCCGGAGGCGACAGUGUGACCUGGCAGGAGUGGAAACCUGCAAAUCACUGGAGUCACAGAAGGAACGGCUGCUGUUGAAUGGAUGGGAGACAGCGUCUGCAGUGAACAUGAUGGAGCUGUACAGUGGGCUACCUCGGGCAGAGGUAAACAGAAUAGAAUCCCUCGAGUUCCUUGAUGAGAUGGAGCUUCUGGAGCAGCUCAUGCGGCAUUACUGCCUGUGCUGGGCCACCCGAGGCGGCCAGGAGCUGGGUUUGAAGGAGAUAACCUAUUGAUCUGCUGAAGGUUCGUGCUGAGGUGGAAGGUGAAGGCUCUAACUAAGGGAGUGCCUGGGCCUCCUGAGGGAUGAGUAGCCCAUCGCCAUUGUUGGUCCUGUGGCACAUCCAGAACCCUUGGUUACAAAGGUGGUCACACCAGAUCCUGUUCCUGUCAGUAUCAUUGUUUAAAUAAAUCUCACUUGCCAUUUGUGUCAGA